GCUUGACGUCAUCGAUCAUAGCGUCAUCACGCACCCAAGAUCCCAACUUUACGACCAUGGAAUGACUUCAACUUUUAAUCCAGACCAAUCGUACAGAAAACUGGAAUGGAGAUAUGAGCAAGUUGUGUGAUGGGACGUCAUAAGUCAGCAGCUGCACGCCGUUUUGCAAGGAAGAGAAAAGCAAGGCAACAAUCUAGUGCCAAGGGUAAACUUCAACAUCAGAGGGUGGUGGAAGGUAAUGACCUCCCUUCUCCAGAUCAGGUGAUAACAUCAGAACCAAUUUCUCUCAAUACAACAAACUGUGAUAACUACUGCAGAGACACUGAUACAAACUCGGACAGAUCUUUACCUCCUUUUGUUGAUUCCAGUUUUGGCAGUAAUGUCCACAGCACCACCUACCCUGCUGAUAAUUCAACUACGUCUGGUACGUUCACUUAAAAAACAAAUCAUUUCGUCACGCGCACCUCUUCUCUGUCAUCAGACAAUCGUAAGGUGUCUGAGCUUGAAUUCCUCAAUGAUCCUCUGUUCAUACGGUUUAGGGAAUACACACUCCUCCACCAUCGAAUAAACAAGAUUAGAAAUGGAGAAGGCCAGCUGUAAUUUAUGUGUGAGUUACGGGCAGAAAAAGAAACUUUUGACUGUAUCCUCAUCGAGCCCGGAGGAACUCCUCACAAAUUUGAAGUCCAAGAUUGCGAUCAAGUUUUCUCUCAACAAUGAGGCAUACACCAUGAAACUGAAAAUGGAGCAAUUUCAGACCUAUGUUGAUAUCGAUGAAGAGGACAUGGAUGAUGUGAAUUUGAUGCGAGAUGGUGGUAGUAUCAUUAUAGAGCCAGUUACAUCAUCACAGAGCCCACAACGAUCAACAGGUGCCACUGUCAUACCAUCGUCCCCUGAAGAUGGCCACGUCCUACAUGUCCAGUGUUCUACAGAUGUGUCAACUACUCCACCUGUCAAAGAAGCCAAGGUGCCUACAAAGUCUCCCUCACUUAAAGUAAAGGGCUUUGAUGUGCGAGAAAUAGUGAGGAAUCACCCUCGUGGAGCUCUUAUCGAAGAGGAAUACUCUACCAACCAGACAAUCACAACAGAAACUCGUCAUUUGUUGACAACUAUCGUGGCAGCUGAGAUGGUCAAAAUCUAUUCAUACUACCCAACGAGAGAAGAGAAAAUUGCAGUUGCCAAAAGUAUCAUUACUGCAUAUCCCAGCUUGAAGUCAACUUCAUCAAAGUAUCCCUAUGAUAUUUGGUAUGAUGAAACUGAUUCAGCUCGUGGAUAUUUGAGCUCGAAGCUUAACACCAUGCGGAGGUCUCUACCUCGUGAACAACAGCGAAGGCCAAGGACAGGAAAAUAUUCAGGGCUGCAGGUGAAAGCUUUCAAGAAAGAACUGAAGCGCACAUUUCAACAAAUGGAAGAGGUGACCUCAGAAGAGGAGGAUGAAAUUGUCAACUUCUGCAAAAGGGCAACUGCAGAGAGCAGUGCAGAGGUCCUGGAGGGCAUGGGCAGGACGUUCCAAAACAGACGAAAUUGGAUCUCUGAGAAAUUGCCAAAAGUCACUGACAUCCUUGAGCGAUACCCAAGAUUUCUAGAUACACCGACAGUUAUACAGCAAGAAUUCAAGCUGUUGUUACCAGAGGCCACUGCCAAACUUAUCAGCAAGUGGGAGACAAGAUUUGUGGAGAGCAUCCUACACAUUUGCAAAAUGUCCAGGCUGCCGAAGAUACAAGCAUUGAUGAAGGACUUGUAUCAUCCACCUUCUGAGUUAGGUGACCAGUGAGGGAGAGAAAUCACUCUAUGCAUUCAUGGGGGCUGUGUACCUACUUCCAUCUAACGCGGCAAAGAGGACGUCCUUGGCAGAUGCAGUGCAGUACUUCCUGGUUACAAGACCGCUUGGCACCAGCGUAGAAGCUUUCAUCAAAGAGCAGCGAAAGAAUGCAAAAGUGAAGCGAAGCCAGCCAUACCUGCUGGGGCUAGGGACUCGUCGCCUGCCAGUGCAGUACUUUGUCGUCAUCGAUGAGCAAGCAAUCCCCUGCCCAGGAGAUAUCACUUCAUCGGUGGAUGUUCUUUUUAAGCUGCACUACGUGUUCAACAUUCAUUACGCAACUGAACUGCAAGCAUUCUAUAAGUUUCUGGAACACUUUGUGUAUGAAGUUGGCCAUCCAAGGGAUGUUAUCCCAGCACGGGCCAAGGAGUUGAUGUCGAGUAUCACUGCUAUUAGCAGCAAGUAAUAUGUUAUGAGAAGCUGGCCGUCACGGUUAUAGGCGUCACUACAAUUAUAGUCUGAAGGCUUCUGAUCAAACUAGUUAAUAGUAGAGGUGGGCUAUAGAAGUUGACCUCUUCUAGACACUCAUCACACCUUAGUUUGAUGAGUUUAAGUGUACUGACACAUUAUUGGAAGAAUUUUUUUUUUUUUAAUUUAAAAUCCAGGGUGCCCCGUCCAAAAACGUGAAAAAUCCAAGAUGGUAGCCAUUUUAGCCUUGAAAAUGCACUUUUGCCAUAUCUUUGUCAUUUAUAAAUAUUUGUUCAUGAUUUGGGUGUCAAUAACUUUAGGUUUUAUAGGUCAAGGAAUCAGACUAGACUGUUAACAUUUAAAAAUACCAAAUUUAUCUAUGCAUGCUAUUUAACCCUAUUUAGACUUGGGGGGGGGGGCUAAUACAGCCCCCUCCCCCUCAACGUUUUGCAUAAUAAGUCCGCCGUGCGAGAUUUUUUUGUCCACACCGUACACUGACUUUAUACUUCUAAGUCUCGCGUAACUUUUGAGACGAAAUUUGUCACGUCCACACGUACAGAUUUUAAGCCAUGCCCCUAUGAACAAAAUUUUGUCAUGCCCCAAAUUGCUCAAAAUACAUGAUUCUGUGUACAAAGUCAAUACAAAUUGAGUUUUCUCAUCACAAUUAGAAAUGUUUGAUUAAUUCUAAUUUAUUUGGUAAUACCUAAUGUGACUAUUGUAACUCCUAGAUUGCUAUUUUUGGGGGAAAUAUUCUUUAUAGCAUUUCUAACAAUUCUACUUGACAAAAAACUUGGUACCAUGUUUAAUUUCUUAAAUAUAUUUCAUUGUUUUAACUUUAUUAUAUCAAUUUCUUAUAUUUCUUUGUUUUUUCAACUAUGUUAGUUGUUUUUUAGCUACAUAUUUCAAAUAACAUUUCUGAAGCAUAAUUAUGCUGAAAAGAAAAUUUAUUCAGCCAGUUAAAAUUGAAAAUAAUCAAACAUGAUCUGUUAGUUUUUUUUUAUUGACUAAGUACACAAAAUAAUGUAUUUGAACAAUUUUGGGCGUGUACAUUUUUUGGCCCGGGCACCCUGGAUUUCCAACUUUUUAGGUGGUCUGUCAACGACAGAUCACCUAUUAGUUUUGUCAGAAUUUUCUUUCUUCUUUAUUAUUAUUAUUAUUAUUAUUACUAUUAUUUAUUUUUAUUUCCGCCAAUUUUUUGUUCCAAGGAUAACUCCAGAUCGGUUUUGUCAAUUUCUUUCAAUUUUGGCACAGUCAAAGGUCAUUGUCAUAAGACGUGACAAUAACAUUUUCAAGAUCAUAUUGAUCUGCUGGAACAUGGUAAUGGUGAUCAUGAUGGCGAGAAUAAGGACAGACCACCUAAUUCGUCCGCAUGACGAAUUAAAAUCUAGUUAUUUUUAUUUUUCAAAUAAGUUGUCGGUACACUUAGACUCGUCAAAAUAAGGUGUGAUGAGUGUGUCUCGGAGAUGUGCCCAAAAAUUUGCCCUCUAUAGCCCACCCCUAUUUUGAAUAUGGGCAUUGUUGUGCUUUGAAUGAUGAGGAUUGUAUUUCCAUUAGAAACAAUUUGACAAGUCACAUCUGAUAUAAAUAAUGCACAAAUGGACUCAUUUGAUAAUUUUUACAGGUGCAUUCAGACUCAAAUUAGGAAGUGAAUUAUUCAUUGUCUGAAUUUAAACUACUUAUUUGAAUUGUAUUUCCAUUAUAAAUAGAGACAAUUUGACAAGUCACAUCUGAUGUAAAUAAUGCACAAAUGGACUCAUUUGAUAAUGUUUACAUUUGCAUUCGGACUCAAAUUAUGAAGUGAACUAUUUUGUCGUCUGAAUGUAGACUACUUAUUCUAUGUUCAUAAUUGUGUGUCAUUUGAUAAUUAUUGAAAGCCGGUGUUUGAAAUAUCAGUUGGAAAGUAAUUCUCUCUACAUAAUAUCUUAAUUUGACAACUAUAGUCAGUCAUAAUUUUAUUAUAUGUGAAGUGACCCUGCAUGUGCGUUGAUGUCAUCGUAACACCAUCGUAGAGGUCAGCGCCAGUGCCUUAAUUCCAUGAGUUGUUGAUCUGCAACUUGCGCAUCUCUGACAACUCUGUUUUUGCAUAUUCCUAUAACCUUUGAGAGAGGGCGCUAUGUUAUGACAUCACAUGCAUAUGGUCUAUUUCGAAGUCGGCCAGUGACUGUAUGCCAUAUGGACAUGAUUAUUCCAAUUAAUUAGAUUGUAUUGUAACUUGAAAAUCUAUUUGCAUACAUGUAUUACCAUGUCAACAUUGUCAUGUUCUUUUUAUGAGUUCACAGCAGCUCAUUUUACCCUAUCUGUACAUAAGUUUACCUACAUUAUAGGUACUGUUGCUCUUUAAAUGAUGAGAAUUGACAUGUUCCCUUAUAAUUAACAAGGUUUAUUAUGUGUGUUAUUACUGUUAACCAAAGUUCUAUUUGAUAUUUUUUUCAAAUGAUACGUAGAACAUGUUAUUUUAGGUUGAAUGUUUACCAACAAUUAUGGAAAGCAUGUUAAUACUUCAUAGUUAAAUGAUCUGCAUAUUAGGACUUAAUGAAUUUAAACGUGUUUCGAUAUUAUCUGCAUUUGAAGAGAUAUUUCCAAUCUGAAUAAUACUAUAGAUGGAGACCAUUUAACAACAUACAUCUGUUAUUUGUACAGGCACAUAAACGGACUUAGAAAUUCUGUAAUGAUUUUUCUUUUUAGGCUCUUCUUUUUUUCUAUUCAACAGUGUCUAAUUUGUACAGCAGUAUAGUAGAAAUCAUGAUUCUCUUUUUUUUUUUUUCUUCUUAGGUUUAGGUUUCUUCUAAGGUUUGUCAUUUCCAAAUUUGAAUUUUCCGUAUCAGGAUGUUCACAGUUGAGUGUCCCCGCCAAAUGAGGGGAUACUAUGAAACAUGUUCCGUGCCUAUCUGUGUGUCCGUCCGUCAGGCGAA